CCAGGGCCUUGUUGUUGGUGUCAGUGAUGGCGGCUGCGGCGGUAGUAGCUCCGCAGGCUGAGGCCUCGGAGUCCUGGUACUUGGCGUUGCUGGGUUUCGCAGAGCACUUUCGCACUUCUAGUCCCCCGAAAAUCCGUCUGUGUGUGCACUGCCUGCAGGCCGUCUUCCAGUUCAAGCCGCCGCAGCGCAUCGAGGCCCGGACUCACCUGCAGCUCGGCUCCGUCCUGUAUCACCACACGAAGAACAGCGAGCUAGCCCGUCAGCACCUGGAGAAAGCGUGGUUAAUUUCUCAGCAAAUUCCUCAGUUUGAAGAUGUUAAGUUUGAAGCUGCAAGCCUGCUGUCUGAGCUGUAUUGCCAGGAGAAUUCCGUGGAUGCCGCCAAGCCUCUUCUACGUAAGGCAAUCCAGAUCUCUCAACAGACGCCAUACUGGCAUUGCAGGCUUCUCUUCCAGCUCGCACAACUUCACACACUUGAAAAAGAUUUGGUGUCAGCAUGCGAUCUUCUUGGAGUUGGCGCAGAGUACGCACGUGUGGUGGGCUCUGAGUAUACCAGAGCAUUGUUCUUGCUGAGCAAAGGAAUGCUUUUGCUGAUGGAACGAAAGCUACAAGAAGUACACCCCCUGCUCACUUUGUGUGGACAGAUUGUGGAGAAUUGGCAGGGCAAUCCCAUUCAGAAAGAGUCUUUACGGGUUUUCUUCCUGGUUCUUCAAGUGACACAUUAUUUGGAUGCAGGACAGGUGAAAAGUGUGAAGCCAUGUCUCAAACAACUACAACAAUGCAUUCAAACCAUUUCAACACUUCACGAUGAUGAAAUUUUACCCAGCAAUCCAGCUGAUCUCUUCCACUGGCUGCCUAAAGAGCACAUGUGUGUCCUAGUUUACCUGGUGACAGUCAUGCACUCCAUGCAGGCAGGAUAUCUUGAGAAGGCUCAGAAAUACACAGAUAAGGCCCUAAUGCAGCUGGAAAAGCUCAAAAUGCUGGAUAGCAGCCCGAUUUUGUCCUCCUUCCAAGUAAUUCUGCUGGAGCACAUAAUAAUGUGCCGUCUGGUGACAGGCCACAAAGCCACCGCCUUACAUGAGAUCUCUCAAGUCUGCCAGUUAUGUCAGCAGUCACCCCGGCUUUUUUCUAACCAUGCGGCCCAACUUCACACGCUGCUGGGUUUAUACUGCAUCUCUGUGAACUGUAUGGAUAACGCAGAAGCACAGUUUACAACGGCGCUGAGGCUCACCACACACCAAGAGUUAUGGACUUUUAUAGUGACAAACUUGGCAAGUGUUUAUAUUCGGGAAGGAAACAGACAACAAGAGCUUUAUAGUUUACUGGAAAGAAUUAACCCAGAUCAUAAUUUCCCUGUGAGCUCGCACUGUCUCCGUGCUGCUGCCUUCUAUAUACGGGGGCUCUUUUCUUUCUUUCAAGGCAGAUAUAAUGAAGCAAAGCGAUUUCUGCGAGAGACUUUAAAGAUGUCAAAUGCUGAGGAUCUGAAUCGAUUAACUGCGUGCUCUUUGGUGCUUCUUGGCCACAUCUUCUACGUACUAGGAAAUCACAGGGAGAGCAACAAUAUGGUUGUUCCAGCCAUGCAGCUGGCUAGCAAGAUUCCAGAUAUGUCUGUACAGCUAUGGUCAUCCGCUCUGCUUAGAGACCUGAAUAAAGCAUGUGGAAAUACAAUUGAUGCUCAUGAGGCUGCACAGAUGCACCAAAACUUCUCCCAGCAGCUGCUACAGGACCACAUAGAAGCCUGCAGUCUUCCAGAACACAAUCUCACAACGUGGACAGACGGGUCACCACCUGUGCAGUUUCAGGCUCAGAAUGGCCCGACUACCAGCCUGGCUAGCCUCUUGUGAAGACAAAGUCCUUCAGUGUAUAACGGACAGACCCAGCACUUGCUGUAGAGGAUUUUUCUCUUCAUCCAAAACUGUGGAGAGUCUACAACUGCAAGAAAAUGCACAAUGCAGUUGAGAUGAAGGGAUGUUUUGUUCUGGACUUGCAAACAGGAUGGAAAGGAAUUUUAUGUCCUCCGUUCAGUGACUCUGGAAUUAAGAGACCGAUCUAUCUACAUGCUGCAAAAUUUUGACACUCCCUUGUCUGCAAGUAAUUGCUCCCCCCGAGUGUAUGCUGCGUGGAAAAGGUCAAGCUUUCCCAACAGCACGAUAAGGGGUUAAAUUACCUUGGAACAAUAUUUUUGUGCUAUAUUUAAUAUCUGCCUUCAGCUUUGUUUCCCUCUACUGAAUAGAUUUAACAGAGAAGGGCAUUUUUUAAAUUUUAUAUCCAUAAAUAUUAUAUAUAUAUAAUACUUAAGUUUAUCAAUGUUUUAAAACUUUUCUGUGCACAAAAAUACGGUUUUGUUGGGCUAGGGGAGGUUUAUUCUUUCCCUCUUUCAUUCCCCCUUUUGGAUAAAUUAUAUUUUCACGGGAAUGGUUUUGAUAUUUGAUAUAGUUUUGUAGGCAAGCAUUACACAGCCGUGACGACAGCAUAGAGGUGGCCAAAGGAUUAGGCAUCAAGUCAUGUGACUUAGGGUACGGCCACACGGUCAGGCUUCUUCAUGCAGUUUUGGAAGACAAAACCAGGAAAAAGUUAAAAAAAAGAGAAGUAGCCAUAUCUGUCCUUUAUACUUUCUCUCCUUUUAUGAUCCACUCCGGAUUGUGGCGGUCACACUGCAUUAAGAUACCUGACCGUGUGGCCGCAUCUUCAAGUAACUUGAACUGAUCAAGGCAUGUCGUCUUUUAAUUAUCAUGAAGUAUUUAAGUUUAUUUAUCAUGGCAAUACUCAUAAGUAUUCAUACUCAAGAGCUCUACAGAUGAGCCUAGUGAUUGUGGUUCCAAAGCUCACAUGUUUCGGCAUCAUUGUGUCACCAUGUUAACCCCCUGGAUAAGAUGAGCUCUUCUCAAUUAAUUGCGUAUAAUGGCGGUCCUUCAUACAUUUUUAUUUGAUAACCUAUGGUACCUUCUGCAUGAAGGUUUAUACUUUUACAAUAGAAGGCAUCUGUACAAACACUGGAGGUACUGGAUGUGUCCAGCAAGGUAGCAGUCACCUCCUGGAGACAUUUUGUGAAGGACAUGUCUCUUAACUUGUUUACAGUUUUAUCCUGUGUUUGUCAUGGUCUUGUGCCUUUUUAUUAAACGAUAUGAGGUGUCAACUUCUAACAGCAUUCCACCGUGUAAAUCUACAUUGAGUAACUAGGCAAAUGCUUUACCGUAUUUUGUUUUGUAUCUGGUUUUUAUUUUCCGUUUAUAUCCAGAGCUGUGGUCAUCACUUGGGAUGAGCGAAUCUACUUCGGAUGACACAUCCGAAGUCUAUUUGCAUAAAACUUCGUUCCAAUACUGUACGGAGCAGGGGCUUUGGUAACAGGAAGUAGAAUUCUGACUGCAGCUUUGGGUGUGAACUAAGAAAACGCCCUAUAACCAAAAAAAAAGCAAGGUAUUUUAUUUUUAUUUUUUUGUAAUAAUAUGUUGAGAUAAGAACAGACCAACAUGUGUAAGGGCUCAUGCCCACGAUCGUUGCCCCGCCGUGGCCGUAUUGCGGCCUGCUCACUUGAAUGGGUCUGGAGAUACGGAACCCCACGGGAGUGCUUCCGUGGGGCUCCGUUCC